UGUUGUAUUCUAAAUCAAACGAGAGGCAGGAAACUCAUCUAGAUUAUAUUUACAUCCUUUUUUAUAACGAAUUGCUCUUCCUUUUAAAUACGGCUAUAGGCGGGACCCACAUCCUUCACGAGUGCUAACAAAAUAAAACACUCCAAUACGUGUGUACAGAUUAACACGUACUUCCUCCGCCUCCUCCUCCCACGGGCGUCCCAAGAUGGAGGACAGCGAGAUGAGGAGCUACCUGCCGGGGGAGUGGGGUGACCCGGAGCGCAUGCAGGUGUUGAUGGGGCCCCUGCCGCACCGGGAACUGAACCACGUAGCUCACACUGCCAGGGUCACGUUCUGGUCAGCCGCCAUCCACAGCUGGUGCCGCGCUGCCCUGCGACCCUUCUUCACCCUCGCCGAGUGCCAGGGUGCCUUUCGCCGUGGCUCCCAGAUCCCUGUUUGCCUCCCACAGGUGUUGCAACUUAUGAUGAGGCAGGGUGAAAUCGUACCCAUGAACCAACUAAACUUCACGGACCACAAACAAGAAACCUGGGUGGGAUGGGGCUGCCGUGUCCUUGUGGUCCAGCCUGCACACAUGCUUUGGGGCAAUGUGAAGUACUUUGUGGGGCUGAAUACACUUGGCAAUACUGUGUUGGUGUGCCAGGCUGUGUUGCAGGAAAUGUGCGGCAGGGUAGUGGAGACAGUAUGGAACAAGAGAAGCUCCGACACUCUCCUCAUCACCCUCAAGGACCUACACAGCCUUGUAAGAGAGGCAGUUGGGACUCUGGAAAACCUGGAAUUAGUGGUGAAGACAUUGGUAGCACAAGGAAGGGCUGCUACAGUCUUACAUCAUGGAACUUUGUAUGUUAAGUUUGCCAGUCCAGGGGAUGCAGCUAGACCAGAGGUGUUGCCAGAGGAGCUAGCCAAAAGUGAUCUGCGAGAAGCCAGGGAGAGGGUGGAGAGGAGUCUGAAGGCACUGGAGGAGGAGCGUGAGGCCCUUCGCUGCCAGGCUAAAAUUGCCCUGAGUCGUGGGGCUAAGACUGAGGCUCUCUUUCUGCUGCGGAGAAAAAAGCGCGUCGACAAAUCUGUGGUGACGCAGCUGGGUGUGCUGGAGAACCUGGUGUCUUGGCAGCACCACCUGGAUGACGUGGAGACCAACAGGCAGGUGCUGGGUGCCCUGAAGGGGGGUGUGGAGGCCCUGAGGACGGCCCUAGCUGGUGAUACCUCCCCUGACGCAGCCGCCACUACUCUCGAUGAUCUGCAACAGGUCCUGGAAGAAUGCGAGGACCUUAAUGCCCUUGUGUCCAGCAAUCCUGUAGCUGAAGACCUGACUGGAUUGGAGGACGAACUGGAAGGGCUGCUAUUGGCUGCUGGAGAGGAGACAAGAAUGACAGGAGAGGCAGAACUGGAGCCGAGACUUCCAGACGUACCUACCGAACCACCUCUACCCACCAGCACUGUGCCUGCCCAAAGACUCUCCCUGUGAGCUGAGGGCCUUAACAACACACACACACACACACACAGGCACGCAGCCAAGCACAAUUUAGCUAUAGUGUUUUUAAAUUGUCUUCAUCAUGUGGGCUACUAAGGGAGAAAUGGGUGCCUUACUAACACACACACACACACACACACACACACACAGCUUAGCACAAUGAAGUUAAUGGGGUGAAAUAUUACACAGAAGAUAUUUAUUGCUAAUGCUUCAAGGACACAACAAAAUGAUUGAAAAAUUGAUGUUUGAAUAAAAAAUAAUUGAUAAA